UUUUAAUUCUUCUACGUUAGAUAACAUUGUUACUUAAUGAAAAGUGAACGGAGAAUUCGUAUAAAUUAAUUAUUUAACCAAAAUGUAGUAAAAUCUGGCUUUGGGAUCGUAAAAUGCUUAUAAUAAAGUGAAAGUGUUACUAAAACAAACUCCGACAACCAUGACAAACUGUGAAGAAAAAGGAGCUCUAAAAGCUGUUGUUUUGGAUGUUGUCAAUGAGUCCUUUGAAGCAGAUAAUGAAGAUCAAGUAGCAAAUAAUUCAAUCUCAGAUGAAGGGCCUCCUUUAUCUGAAAAUUCAGUAGAACUUGUUCGGAAAUGUGAUACUCAAAACAUACACGAUUCUUCUUGGGAUCAGAGUCACUAUGUGAGUGCUAAUAUUUCCAGUAGAGAGUUCAAAGAUAGCAAACGAGAUCCGACUCCACCAUUUAUGAGUAUAAUGAUUGACGCAAGUCCUACGGACAGCAGAUUUGAUAAUUCCACACAGACUGAGCUAAUAGCGCCAAAUCUAGACCUAAUUGAUGUAAAUUUAUCGUUCAGUAAAAAUUUUCAUUCAGAUGAUUCAUCAUCAAAUGAUAAUGACACUGAAAGAUCUUCGUCCAGCAAACGAUAUAGACGUAAUUCCUUUGACGAUGAUAAGGAAACAAGACCAAGUAAAAAGACAAAAUGUACAGAUUCUUGUACAUCGAGUAAUACUCAUGUAACUGAUUUUAAGGCACAAGAAUCUUCUAACAGAUUGGGCUCCGAGUCGGAUAUUUCAUUUAAAUCUACAAAAAGCAAUUAUUCUUAUAAAGCACGCAAGGGACGAAGAAAAUCAGACUCCAACUUGAUUCGUGAUGUAUUGAAAAGAUCAAAGAGAUUCAGUAGUCAUCAGUCUGAUUGUUCUGAAAGUAAUACGCCAGGAACCCCAAGAAAAGAGAAAUCGCAUCGGCGUUCCAAUCGUACGAAAGUUUGGAGGAUCAUGGACAUUUGCACGUGGAUUGGUAAGAAGGGAUACCAGUCCAUAACGGGGUUAUAUUCCGAUAUACUUCGGGAACCCAUAGGAAACAAAGAACUCGAAGGUAAUGUCUUAGUGCGGGAAGUAAAGCAACUUCAGAAGGUUGUCGAAGAAGUAGAAGAGAAACACGCACGAAUGACUAAUAGACUGGCUCGUGAGAAUGAAGCUCUUCGAGAUGAGAUGAAGAAAGUUAUUGAGAAACUAACACAGUUGGAAUCCAAGCUUAGUCAGCAAACACCAGCAGUGCCACCAAGUCGUAUACCAUUUGCGCCACCACCGCCCCCGCCGCCACCGCCGCCUCCUCCUCCACCUCCACCUCCGAUAGACAGAAAACCUGUUGCGCGUGCACACACAAUACCCAGAUGUGGAUCAGCACCACCCAGGAUGGCAGGGCCGCGGCUCUCAAUCACUCCACAGGACAUUGCCAACGUGAAGUUGAGGAAAACUAAGGAUAACCCCGUAAGGCCAAAACCGACGCCUAAAGAAGGUCAGCAGCCACUUGUUACUCAGGAUAUGUUAGAAGCAACGAGAGCUAAACUUGGGCGUAAUCGACCAGUAGCUGCUUCCACUCCUAAACAGCAACUCACGGAGUUAGAAAAGUGCUUAUUGCAAGAGACGUCUGUGACGUCUCUAUACCGACGACGAGUUACGCGCGGCACGUUUCGAAGUGGGGACGAGUUGCGCGUUCGACCGUAUCCUGCUUCUCGUUGCGCACGAACACCACUGUCUCCGCGGUCCCCACGUUCUAGCUCUAUAUCCCGAACUCCCGCUUCCCCCCUCAAGUUCCCAUUUUUUUGCCCCAGUACACCUAGUAAAUAAUGACUAUGAUGGUAAUAGCGUUUAUACGAACAAUUAAAGCGAACAAUAAAAGCGCGUUUAAUUGUUAAUAAUAAUUACUCCAACUCAUCAGUCAGGCGUUAUUGCAUGGAGAAGUCAAUGCGUGCGAAUGUUUUUGAUUCUCUUUUGAAAAAUAUGAUCCCCGUGGCGUGGAUAUACUUGAUGUUACAAAAUUAAGUAGCUUUACUUAUUUAUAUCUUUUAUUUUAAUACGUAGUUAAACAAUAAACGAUUAAAAAUUUUCGUAGGUUUUGACUGCUUCAAAACUUUCGAUCUCAUUGACUGGCCCUAACUUAACUAAAAAUAUAAUAAACUAUAUUGUUGAUUCAACAGGUUUGAAUGAAAGAUUUAUAAGUAUUUUAUCCUGCAAGGGGACAGUACUAGGGUCUAUUUAUUUAAAAUUUAAUUUAACAUUCAGGAUCGAUGUUCUAAAGAAGAAAAAAAAUUGCCAGUUUUUGUAUACGGCUUGUAUACUACUAAGGAUAAUAUGGUAUCCGUACAAUACCAUAACGAGCCUUUACCGCCGAUUGAGCGUAACCGGUAAAACACAAAUUGGACCGGUUUUAAAUAAACUUAAAUAUUUUUGUAGAUAAAUGUUAAAGUUAAAUUAAAUAUAUUAAAUAAUUAAUUUAACAGCACAUUUCUCUGUAAAAAUAUCAAAAAAAACUUAGGUAAGUAGAAAUAGUAGACGUUAGUAUAUUAUUAUUUAAAGUCGGUCGUUUUGUUGGAGGAUAUCGUAAGUAGCCAUUUUGACACAGGUAUAGUCAAUUGGGUUAUUUUUAGGUAGGUACAACCUUUACUUUAAAAUGAAAUGUUAAUUUUCUUUUACAGGUAAAUCUAAAGCCGUUAAUAUCAGUAAAAUACCUACUUAAAUAUUGGAAAAAGAAAUCAAUUGUUCAUAUAAACGCCCAUCUGUGAUAUAACUGCAAUACGUUAUUGAUAAAAAAUAAUUUUAUUUAUUAUUAUA